CCUAAUACCCUGUUGGAAACGAUUCUCUCAUAAACCUACCUCUUUCUUGCCUAAACCAACAGCCGCUCUCUCCCACCUUCUCACGACUAUUCUCCAGAAGCUCUGGAAGCUAAAUAGAAUCAAUAUUAAGCAGGUACCUGUAUUGACAUAUCUGAUCUGCAGCGAGUUGGUAGCAACAGUCGCUGUCCAAGACUAGAAUGGAUAGCACACCCUCCGACCAAGCCACAUCGCUUGCAGAUGUCGUCGUUGGGCAGAUACUCAUAAUACAAAAAAUAAAUCUUUACCACCCAGAAUUCAAUACUGAUGCCACGAUUGGUCUACGGCUGAACAUGUCGACAAUUGUUAAACUCAUAUUGUGCGACAAGCAAGCGGUAGAUUUUAGCAUCUUACAAAGCAAGAAGACUAGGAAAUUUAAAGUUGUCAUCAUCACAAGCAUAAUUCCUAAACUUUUCCAAGGCAAACUACUACUUAGUUCAUCACCCGCAACAAAUUUCUACUUCAACAAAUCAAUUGAUUACAUAAAGCAUUUCAAAGGGCGAAUAAGAGAUCAUGCAUAAGCAUGCAGCAAAGAGUGACUUUAAUUCAUGCAUCAUUCGGA